UGCGGUAUGCAGUGUUUGCCGGGUACGUGUCCCGCGAUGAAUGUGAAGUGUUAUGUGUGUCAAAAUUAUGGCCAUUAUGCCAGGCGGUGUAAUGCGCCACGAAGCAUUAAAAAAGUGUACGGUAUUGAGGUACGCGAGGAGGACUCGGACGGCGGCGAGGACGAUUAUCAAAACCUUGCUGAUUGUGAUGAUGAGGGUGAUGUGGAACAGGUACUGUCUCCUGCAAUGGACCCUUUCUCUUCUGCGGAGUCAUCAGAGGAAACUGUGGUCGAGUCCCACUCUCCCAUGAUAACAAUAAGAAAAAGAGGUGGACAAAUAGCCGAGUAACCAGGUCUUGUCCCGCAUCACUCUAUAUAUAGAUAGUUUAAAUUUUGAAAAGACAUUUAAAGUUAUGUAUUUCAAUAUAGGUUAUCAGUGUACGAUAUAAUAAGUAUUCCUAAGUUACUACUGUACGCACAUUUUAAAAUGUUUAAAACAAAACCCUAUUGAUUGGGGUACCUUUGUAUGGGUAACAAUUUUUUGCAAGUUAUGUAAUCCGGUGUUGGGUAGAUUAUAUUAGUAUGUAAUCUUUAAAAGGGGAAGAUGUUGUGGGUAGAACUAGA